AUGGGGGAGCGUUUUGUCCAUGUCAGCACAAAGCGCGCCCUUGACCGUUUGAACUCCAACGAAUUACCUGCGGGAAGCGGGUUUUUGGCACGUGGCCCCGAUAGGCCAGGGGUGCAAGUUGGACCCAAAACUAAUAGUGCGUUGAUAGAGAGGUGGAGACUCGAGAUGCACACUUUACAUCUUCCAUGCGAAGAGUGUACUAUCACUUUAGAAGACGUGCAAUUGCAAUUGAGAUUGCCGGUGGAUGUGUACGCAGUCACCAGGUCUGCUCAAUCUGCUGAUUGGGGAGCCGUAUGCUACGAGCUUUUGGGUGCUAUUCCGGAUAAUAUUAACGGAGGUCCAAUCGAGAUAGGCUGGUUACUAGACACAUUCCCAGAGCCGAAUAAUGAUUCGACUGAACUAGAAAGAAUACGAUAUGCUCGAGCAUACGUUUUUGAGAUGAUUGAAGGUUAUCUGAUGCCGGACUUGUCACGAAACUGCAUACAUCUGAGAUGGCUACUGAAACUUGUUGAUUUUAGAGCAGCAAGUGAAUUAAGUUGGAGGUCUGCUGUGUUAGCAACAUUAUACCAGGAGAUGUGCAGGGCGUCGUGA